AUGAUCAAGAUUAAAAACAAACAAGAAUCGAACACGAGUCAGUAAAUAUGAAAAUUCGAAAAGUUCAGCAAUAAUAUACGGUUGAUGCUGAAUAAUUGGAACACGAGGAUGAUACAGGGUCUUUAUCCGUUCCACGAGAUUUCUGCCGACAUUUUAAGGGAUUCCUGAAAGAAAUCUGCAACCGCCUGCCAAUACAGAUCGCGUUGCCCGCUCGAUGAAGGCUUCAAUUCUGAUUCUACACGACAGACGAGGAAGCGCUACUCGGAGAAAUGAAUAAUUACAGAGCGAUAUUCUGGUGCGUGCUUCUUGGACUUCAUAAUGCGUUUGGCCUACAGGUUGGACUGACGGAGAAGCGCCUCCGUCUGUACUUGUUCAGUGAGUACAACUCGAUGACCAGACCGGUACAGAACUACAGCCAUGCCGUCACUGUGGGGGUGGGACUGUGGCUCAACCAGAUCCUGGACCUGGAUGAAAAGAAGCAGAUCAUCACGACUUCUGUUUGGGUCAAAGAGACUUGGUUUGAUGAAUCACUGAAAUGGGACCCAAACAAAUAUGAAAAUACAACGCGUUUAGUUGUUUUCUCUACGAAGCUAUGGUUACCGGAUAUGUUCGUUUUUAACACGGCAGGCGGACACUCGGAAGGUUUUGUAAACGUCACCGGAAGUAAACUAAUUAUUGACAGUUCCGGUAUAGUCACGUGGACAGUUCCUCUAAUCAUAAAGAGUUCCUGUCCGGUAGAUGUGACGUACUUUCCAUACGACCAGCAGACAUGUGAGAUUCAUUUUGGGUCAUGGAUUUAUGACGUCACCAAGGUUGAUCUUCAACUUCUCUCCGGAGGACCGAACCUUAAGCAGUACAUACUGAACAAUGAGUUUGAUCUGUUGAACGUCAAUCUAUACAGAACCACGGUGGACGAGACGUGUUGCCCUGGAAACGGAUCUCAUCCAAUCAUCCAUUUUCAAAUGACCAUUAAGCGAAAGUCCAUUUACUACGACUACAUAGUGAUCGCCCCUACCAUCAUGCUGUGUAUCUUGACCCUAGCCUCGUUCUGGCUGCCUUGUCACCACGGGGAGAAGAUCGCCAUUGGUCUGACAGUUUUUCUCACGCUGUACGUGUUACAGCUGCUGAUUGCAGAGAACGUUCCGGACACCAACACCACGCCCGUGCUAGGUGUGUUUAUUUUUCUGGUGAUGACCUUAAACUGUAUAUCUCUGAUCAUGGCGACGCUGGUGAUGGGUAUAAAGAAGCGAUCAACAUUAAAACCAGUGCCACAAGUACCGCCAUUGAUGCUGAAGGCCUGCAAACAGCUGCUAGCAACAAUCACCUGUACACCACCGGAAUCUCGUUUCCAUGCCUACAAUCUCUGUCAAGAAGAAGACGAUAAGGACAAGCCUUUCACCGCAACGGAGUCCUGGGAUUCCUUGGAUCAUCUUCUUCACGAAUUUGAUGACGUUGCAGACGAUGAAGAUGUAUCGUCCGCUCACCUCUUGCCCUGUGCUGUCAGUGACGACAUUUCCCAGAGUUCCAUUUUAGCGAGUGCCCUCUCCUACAGACGAACCCUAAAGAACAGACGCUCGUAUCGUAGAGCCAUACACGGUGAGAAUCAACAGUCUAGUGCCGUAUCUCCUCCUCAGACAGACCCUAAAGCACCCGUCAGUCCGGAGACCUUGGUCCGAAAACAGGAGUGGUGCUUUGUAGCGGAGACAGUGGACAAAGCCUCCUUCAUCGUGUAUCUUGCUAGCAUGUUUAUCACAAUCUUGACCGUUUUGGUCAUUGUACCCAGUUUUCAAAACCUCAACAUCUAAAUGUAAUACUUUUUCCAGGUACAUAUAUUGGUGCAUUUAAUUUUUUUUUUU